UCCUCCCGAGGAUUUCUCCCCACCGCGCAACACAGAUUAAUGGGCUAGCGUUUGAAUUAAUUAAGCAGGGAGCUGUCCGUCCGUCCGUCCGUCCGUCAACGCAUCCAUUGAUCCAGAUAUCGGAGCAGGCGCGCGGUGCCAAUGACGAUGCUGAGGACGACGCCGGCGGCUGGGGUUUGAUCGAUGCAUGGGCAACUCCUGCCGAGGCUCCUCCACGCCCACCUACGCCGCUACCGCCUCCGACUACUGCUACCGCUACCACGGCCAAGGCUCCUUCUCCGCCUCAGCCGGCCGAAACUGCUGUAACUCCUCCUUCUCCUCUGCUUCCACCUUGUCCAGCUGCUGCAGCGUCGAUCAUCACCCGCAGCGCUGCACCAUGCGCGGCCACCAGCAGCACCUGUCCUCCCCUACCGCCGUCCUGGGCCACGUCACCCCGCCGCUGCGCGACCUCUACGCGCUCGGCCGCAAGCUCGGCCAGGGCCAGUUCGGCACCACCUACCUGUGCACCGACCUCGCCACGGGGGCCGCCCUCGCCUGCAAGUCCAUCGCCAAGCGCAAGCUCCUCACCCCCGAGGACGUGGACGACGUUCGCCGCGAGAUCCAGAUCAUGCACCACCUCGCCGGCCACGCCAGCGUCGUCACCAUCAAGGGCGCCUACGAGGACCCGCUCUACGUGCACAUCGUCAUGGAGCUCUGCGAGGGCGGCGAGCUCUUCGACCGCAUCGUCGACCGCGGAUACUUCUCCGAGCGCAAGGCCGCCGAGAUCGCGCGCGUCAUCGUCGGCGUCGUCGAGGCGUGCCACUCGCUGGGCGUGAUGCACCGGGACCUCAAGCCCGAGAACUUCUUGCUCAAGGACAGGGGCCACGACGCGUCGCUCAAGGCCAUCGACUUUGGGCUCUCCGUCUUCUUCAAGCCGGGGCAGGUCUUCUCCGACGUCGUGGGCUCGCCAUACUACGUGGCGCCCGAGGUGCUGUGCAAGCACUACGGGCCCGAGGCCGACGUGUGGACCGCCGGCGUCAUCAUCUACAUCCUCCUCAGCGGGGUGCCGCCCUUCUGGGCGGAGACGCAGCAGGGCAUCUUCGACGCGGUACUCAAGGGCGCCAUCGACUUCGAGUCGGAGCCGUGGCCCAGCAUCUCGGACAGCGCCAAGGACCUCAUCCGCCGGAUGCUGCGGUCGCCGCCGGCGGAGCGCCUCACCGCACACCAGGUGCUGUGCCACCCGUGGAUAUGCGAGAACGGCGUGGCCCCCGACCGGGCGCUGGACCCGGCGGUGCUGUCGAGGCUAAAGCAGUUCUCGGCGAUGAACAAGCUCAAGAAGAUGGCGCUGCGGGUGAUCGCGCAGAACCUGUCGGAGGAGGAGCUGGCGGGGCUGAAGGAGAUGUUCAAGGCCAUGGACACCGACGGCAGCGGCGCAAUCACCUUCGAGGAGCUCAAGGAGGGGCUCCGGAAAUACGGGUCCAACCUGAACGAGGCCGAGAUACGGCACCUCAUGGACGCGGCGGACGUGGACAAGAGCGGCACCAUCGACUACGACGAGUUCAUCGCGGCCACGGUGCACAUGAGCAAGCUGGAGCGCGAGGAGCACCUGCUGGCGGCCUUCGCCUACUUCGACAAGGACGGCAGCGGCUACAUCACCGUGGACGAGCUGGAGCAGGCGUGCAGGGAGCACAACAUGGCGGACGUCGGCAUCGACGACAUCAUCAGGGAGGUGGACCAGGACAACGAUGGUCGCAUCGACUACGGCGAGUUCGUCGCCAUGAUGAAGAAGGGCAUCCUAGGGAACGGAAGGCUCACCAUGAGGCACACCUCCGACGGCAGCGUUCUCCAUGGCGCCGGCGACCUCUGCACCUAG